AGUAGGUAUGAGUGAUGGUUAAUUGUUUAUCUCCCCUAUGAAGGACAGGACCAAGGUAAUUAUCUUUCAUUUUCAAGGCACGGCACAAGGUAGACUCUAAGUAAAUUUGUUGAAUGACUACAUGCAGUGUAUCUCCAUCCAGGUUUAUUAUCCCCACAAUAAUUUUCUUAGCAAGUUUAUUAGUGCUACCGUCUGCCAUAGUUCCCAAAUUUAAACUAUUUUUUUGCCUUUUUUUUCAAAUCCUACCUAAUUGAUUUGCAUAGUUGUUUCAAAUCAAAUGCUACAUCCCAUAUCUUGCAGUGACGCAGUUAUUCACUGCUAACGUCUAAAUCGGAGAAGUGAAAAGGACAAUUGUUUCGUGCUUUCUUAAGUCCCUGACCAAGAUCAGUAGGGAAAUCCCAUUAGCUCUAUUCAUCGCAUUUCUCAUAAAUCUAAAAGGAAAGCAAGUAUCCAAAGCUUUACUCUUUAAUAGUUCUUAUUUGUAAAACCUUGACAGGGCUUUAUUCUAAAUUGCUUCCAAAUUACAUAAAGAAUAGUUAGAAAUAUGAUGGGCAGUGAAUCGUGAUAGUUUCAGUCAUCGAAUAAAUAAGAAGAACAGUAAAAGGGGACUAAUCUGAAAGCAAACAGAGUAUGAUGGGCUUCGAUGAGGCAAAAAGAACAGAACUGUGGAAUUCUUAAACUACCAUCUGGCUCAAUCCCCUUUAAGUGGCCAAGUUGAAGAGCCUUUUAUUCAGUGCCCUAAAACUUAUUCAAAAGGCGCAGUAUUUGAAUAUUAAUAUUUCCAUACAGUAAAAAAAAAAGUCUUUUGUAACCAAAAAGGAAUGUUUAACAAAAUAAUGGGUAAUCCUUUGGCUAAACAUGAAGGCGUGGGGAGCACCCUGUGGGUGGGAGGUCGGCUGGGACCCAGGGUGGCUGCGGGCAGCCUCCGGGCCUUCCCCUCAUGGCUUCUUUGUGGUUAGGGUAACUUAUUAAAGUUGUCAUUGUGGUUUGAAAUUUAGGCAAGAGGUGUAAAAUUAAGGAAUUAAUUAGGAAAAAUGAGCGCAGUGAUUUCUAGUACCUUAUUUCAUCAAAAAGAAACAAUAACGUAGAAUUGCCAUAUGAGAUAGUUGAAGCAAGGAACACAGUGGAAAUUCAAACCUGUGCUUGAAAUUGUGCUUUUGUGUAAUGGGAACCUAUUUCAUCACUUUGUAACAGACCCCUAACAAUUGGUGUUUUGUUUAUUAAGCCCUGGAUGUUUAAAUGAAACUAAACAGGCUUUUAUUUUGUUUUCCUGAGGUGUGUCUGAAAAGUUGAACAAAUUCGAGUGCACUUCUUAUCUUCAGCAAAGAUGCUUUAGAAAGGGAUUUUAGCAUUCUCCGUGGUUUAAAAGACAAAACCAAGUCCUGCCGGCUUUGUGUUGUGCUUCUCCUACAGGCUGCAGUGCCUUCUGUCUGCUUUAGGGUGUGGCAUCUGCCAUUGGGGAGGAAAAACUGGCAUGUGUCGCCUUUUAUAGCAGACUGAUUUCAUUGUGCUGGGGGCCUCUAUUUUAUAGCCUCUUAGGUCCAAUCUUCUAGUUGACUUGCUGAAGCAAAUGGAAUUAAAAGAGAUUUUGACUUCUCUACUAAUUUUUUUUUUUUUAGUUUCAUGAUUUUCCAAUAUGAAAAAAUAUUUUAAGGAAAAGGGCCAUAGCUGAACUUGGUGACUCAUUUUCCCUUUUAGAAUUAGUUGUGAAAAUAAGCUGCAACAUAUGGCCACACUUGUAUGAACUGACUUUGAUAUAUUGUAUCAAUUUGAAAAAAUGCACUUUUAUGAUGAUGUGUACAUACUUAGACUAUAAAUGUCUAAAAGCAUAAAUGUGUAAUUGAUUUUAGAAUAUAUAUAUAUACACACAAAACAGACAUAUAUUUGUAUUUGCAUAUGAAAAACUAAAAAUUCAACUUCUGUGGUGUAAUGCAUAUAAUUAGUAUGUAUUUGAAUAUAUAAAGGGAGAAAAUCCAGGAAAAAAUGUCAAAAAGGCACACUAACAAAGAUGUAGUAUUCUCUUGGCAAAAACUGAUGAAUGAUUUGGCACGAAUUCAUCUUAUGGUUCUGUUAUUCUCUCUAACACACGAUGAUAUACCCCGCUUUCCAGUUGUUUGCGUAGAAUUGCAAUUUGUUGUUUCUACACUCUAUAAUGACCCUUGGGUGUGCACCUGAUUCCCUCCCCCCAUCCCAAUUAGUCACCAGUUUUCCCGUCAAUCCUUUUCUAUUUAGUCAUGUAACAUAUUUACACUUGGUCAAACAAAUAACCACUGCUGCAGUGGAAAUGAACUAAAAUAGUUUUUAUGGAAAGCUGAAGAAUAAAAUAAUUUUGGAAACUAUACUCUACCAAAACUGUAAGUAUUGUUUCUGCCAGGUUUUAAAUGCUUUCGCUCAAUGAAAACUGAGUCCACACUAGUACAAGUGGGUCAUUGCCUAAGGUUAAGAAGUUUUGCUUUUUAAAAUGUUACUACGUGACAACGCAAAUAUUGAAAACAUUAAUAACAAUGCAAAUAUUAAAAACAUUAUAAAAUGUUAAUAGACACCAAUUUUUAAGAGAAGAAAGUAUGGAACAUUUCUACUUUAGGACUAGAGUUGGCUGUUUUAUAUUAUUAUUGAUGUUAUAUUUAUUAAAUAUAAUGUCUAUAAUAUUUUAGUUUCGUUCCACAUCUCUUUGAAUGUAUAUCGAGAGGGUUAACUGUGCACAUGAAGCUCUGAAACAUGAUGAAAGGUGUCAUACAGAUUUAUGAAGAUACGAGCUAACCCAUAGCUGUCGCUGUUCUGGCACCAAGAGUUAAAUUUUCAUGUGAAAGUUGGCGCAGAAAACACCACUGUACAUACUCGAGAGAGGACAUCCAAGUGCAUGUAAGAAAAAUGCUCCUUUGGGAAUACUUGGACAUAUUCCUUUGGGAAUACAUUGACAAACCUACAUACGUGUUUAAGGUGCCUUCAAAAAGAGUUAUGUAAACAUUCUCUCUGGGGCAGGUGCAGUCAGUCGUAAGCAUUUAUUGAGUACCUACUGGGUACAGGCCAUAGCUCUGACUGGGGCUAACCUUCAUUUCAAAUCUUUCCUAACUUUGCAGUUGGAAGAAGUUGUGGGAAUUACGCCGAUGGCCCGAAAUCAAGGCAGAGGCGAACGUUCUGAAAAUUACAUAACUCCUGGGAGAGACCGUGCCUUUGCAGAUUGCCUAAAUAUUUUCUUUCUCCGUCAGCUCCUUGUAACCUCUGAGGCCAAUAGACAACUUUGUUUCCCAGCCCUUCUCCCUCUUUUGUCUGCUAGUCAGACUCGUUUUCCACCUUUGUAUCGUUCCUUUUAGACGUGAAAACAAACACGCGAACGCCCGGUUGGCAAGGAGACAGCGGCCCGAGGGGAAAGUGCAGGUUCCGGCCGCCCCACGCCGCCGCGCUCCGAGCGGCCGCGGAGCCGCCCCGGCCCCGGCCCCAGCCCCAGCCUUAGCACCAGCCCGGCUGGGCCCCGCGAGGCUGCGCCGGGGCGGGCGGCGGCGGCCCGGGGACGAGUCCAGUCCGCGUUUUGCGAGUGCGCGGGAGUAAUGCGAGCGAAGUGGAUAAUAGUUGUUCGAGCUCGCCCGCUCCCUCUCAAGCCAUGCUGGGCCCGAUAGGCUCAGCCAGUCGUGUAUUUACCCAUAUCCGGGUUAGAGAGGAAAAGAGAAAAGUUUCAUUUAAACCUGAACUAAAAACUUUCACCAUGAAAGCACACAGCGGGAGCAGGCCCAGAGCGUAAGGCGUGCCCGGCCCGGCACUCCGGCGGGGCCUGCGGAGGGGGAGGGGGUCGCGGCUUCCCGGCGGGCCGCGUGGAUGCGCACAGGAGGGGCCGCGGCCUGAAAAGUGGGGGUUAUUGUCUCCCCCCGUCCCCCGCCCGGCCUCGCCACGCCGCGGCGAUCAUGGCCGCGCGGGCAGCAGCAGCGGCGGCGGCGGCGGCGGCGCGGGCGCGGGCAGGCAGCGGCGAACGGCGGGCGCCCCCCGGGCCGCGGCCGGCGCCCGGAGCCCGGGACCUGGAGGCGGGGGCGCGCGGCGCGGCGGCGGCGGCGGCGGCACCGGGACCCAUGCUGGGGGGCGGCGGCGACGGCGGCGGCGGCCUGAACAGUGUACACCACCACCCCCUGCUCCCCCGUCACGAACUCAACAUGGCCCAUAACGCGGGCGCCGCGGUCGCCGCCGCCGCCGGCACCCACAGCGCCAAGAGCGGCGGCUCCGAGGCGGCUCUCAAGGAGGGUGGAAGCGCCGCCGCGCUGUCCUCCUCCUCCUCCUCCGCGGCGGCAGCGGCGGCGUCCUCUUCCUCCUCGUCGGGCCCGGGCUCGGCCAUGGAGACGGGGCUGCUCCCCAACCACAAACUGAAAACCGUUGGCGAAGCCCCCGCCGCGCCGCCCCACCAGCAGCACCACCACCACCACCAUGCCCACCACCACCACCACCAUGCCCACCACCUCCACCACCACCACGCACUACAGCAGCAGCUAAACCAGUUCCAGCAGCAGCAGCAGCAGCAGCAGCAACAGCAGCAGCAGCAGCAGCAGCAACAUCCCAUUUCCAACAACAACAGCUUGGGCGGCGCGGGCGGCGGCGCGCCUCAGCCCGGCCCCGACAUGGAGCAGCCGCAACAUGGAGGCGCCAAGGACAGUGCCGCGGGCGGCCAGGCCGACCCCCCGGGCCCGCCGCUGCUGAGCAAGCCGGGCGACGAGGACGACGCGCCGCCCAAGAUGGGGGAGCCGGCGGGCGGCCGCUACGAGCACCCGGGCCUCGGCGCCCUGGGCGCGCAGCAGCCGCCGGUCGCCGUGCCCGGGGGCGGCGGCGGCCCGGCGGCCGUCCCGGAGUUUAAUAAUUACUAUGGCAGCGCUGCCCCUGCGAGCGGCGGCCCCGGCGGCCGCGCUGGGCCUUGCUUUGAUCAACAUGGCGGACAACAAAGCCCCGGGAUGGGGAUGAUGCACUCCGCCUCUGCCGCCGCCGCCGGGGCCCCCGGCAGCAUGGACCCCCUGCAGAACUCCCACGAAGGGUACCCCAACAGCCAGUGCAACCAUUAUCCGGGCUACAGCCGGCCCGGCGCGGGCGGCGGCGGCGGCGGCGGAGGAGGAGGAGGCAGCGGAGGAGGAGGAGGAGGAGGAGCAGGAGCAGGAGGAGCAGGAGCGGGAGCUGUGGCGGCGGCAGCAGCAGCAGGAGGCGGCGGCGGCGGCUAUGGGGGCUCGUCCGCGGGGUACGGGGUGCUGAGCUCCUCCCGGCAGCAGGGCGGCGGCAUGAUGAUGGGCCCCGGGGGCGGCGGGGCCGCGAGCCUCAGCAAGGCGGCCGCCGGCUCGGCGGCGGGGGGCUUCCAGCGCUUCGCCGGGCAGAACCAGCACCCGUCGGGGGCCACCCCGACCCUCAAUCAGCUGCUCACCUCGCCCAGCCCCAUGAUGCGGAGCUACGGCGGCAGCUACCCCGAGUACAGCAGCCCCAGCGCGCCGCCGCCGCCGCCGUCGCAGCCCCAGUCCCAGGCGGCGGCGGCGGGGGCGGCGGCGGGCGGCCAGCAGGCGGCCGCGGGCAUGGGCUUGGGCAAGGACAUGGGCGCCCAGUACGCCGCUGCCAGCCCGGCCUGGGCGGCCGCGCAACAAAGGAGUCACCCGGCGAUGAGCCCCGGCACCCCCGGACCGACCAUGGGCAGAUCCCAGGGCAGCCCAAUGGAUCCAAUGGUGAUGAAGAGACCUCAGUUAUAUGGCAUGGGCAGUAACCCUCAUUCUCAGCCUCAGCAGAGCAGUCCGUACCCAGGAGGUUCCUAUGGCCCCCCAGGCCCACAGCGGUAUCCAAUUGGCAUCCAGGGUCGGACUGCCGGGGCCAUGGGCGGAAUGCAGUACCCUCAGCAGCAGGACUCUGGAGAUGCCACAUGGAAAGAAACAUUCUGGUUGAUGCCACCUCAGUAUGGACAGCAAGGUGUGAGUGGUUACUGCCAACAGGGCCAACAGCCAUAUUACAGCCAGCAGCCGCAGCCCCCGCACCUCCCACCCCAGGCGCAGUAUCUGCCGUCCCAGUCCCAGCAGAGGUACCAGCCGCAGCAGGACCUGUCUCAGGAAGGCUAUGGAACUAGAUCUCAACCUCCUCUGGCCCCCGGAAAACCUAACCAUGAAGACUUGAACUUAAUACAACAAGAAAGACCAUCAAGUUUACCAGAUCUGUCUGGCUCCAUUGAUGACCUCCCCACGGGAACGGAAGCAACUUUGAGCUCAGCAGUCAGUGCAUCCGGGUCCACGAGCAGCCAAGGGGAUCAGAGCAACCCGGCGCAGUCGCCUUUCUCCCCACACGCGUCCCCUCAUCUCUCCAGCAUCCCUGGGGGCCCAUCUCCCUCUCCUGUUGGCUCUCCUGUAGGAAGCAACCAGUCUCGAUCUGGCCCAAUCUCUCCUGCAAGUAUCCCAGGUAGUCAGAUGCCUCCGCAGCCACCCGGGAGCCAGUCAGAAUCCAGUUCCCAUCCCGCCUUGAGCCAGUCACCAAUGCCACAGGAAAGAGGUUUUAUGGCAGGCACACAAAGAAACCCUCAGAUGGCUCAGUAUGGACCUCAACAGACAGGACCAUCCAUGUCGCCUCAUCCUUCUCCCGGGGGCCAGAUGCAUGCUGGAAUCAGUAGCUUUCAGCAGAGUAACUCAAGUGGGACUUACGGUCCACAGAUGAGCCAGUAUGGACCACAAGGUAACUACUCCAGACCCCCAGCGUAUAGUGGGGUGCCCAGUGCAAGCUACAGCGGCCCAGGGCCCGGUAUGGGUAUCAGUGCCAACAACCAGAUGCAUGGACAAGGGCCAAGCCAGCCAUGUGGUGCUGUGCCCCUGGGACGAAUGCCAUCAGCUGGGAUGCAGAACAGACCAUUUCCUGGAAAUAUGAGCAGCAUGACCCCCAGUUCUCCUGGCAUGUCUCAGCAGGGAGGGCCAGGAAUGGGGCCGCCAAUGCCAACUGUGAACCGUAAGGCACAGGAGGCAGCUGCAGCAGUGAUGCAGGCUGCUGCGAACUCAGCACAAAGCAGGCAAGGCAGUUUCCCCGGCAUGAACCAGAGUGGACUUAUGGCUUCCAGCUCUCCCUACAGCCAGCCCAUGAACAACAGCUCUAGCCUGAUGAACACGCAGGCGCCGCCCUACAGCAUGGCGCCCGCCAUGGUGAACAGCUCGGCAGCAUCUAUGGGUCUUGCAGAUAUGAUGUCUCCUGGUGAAUCCAAACUGCCCCUGCCUCUCAAAGCAGAUGGCAAAGAAGAAGGCACUCCACAGCCCGAGAGCAAGUCAAAGAAGUCCAGCUCCUCCACCACUACUGGGGAGAAGAUCACGAAGGUGUACGAGCUGGGGAAUGAGCCAGAGAGAAAGCUCUGGGUCGACCGAUACCUCACCUUCAUGGAGGAGAGAGGCUCUCCUGUCUCGAGUCUGCCUGCUGUGGGCAAGAAGCCCCUGGACCUGUUCCGACUCUACGUCUGCGUCAAAGAGAUUGGGGGUUUGGCCCAGGUUAAUAAAAACAAGAAGUGGCGUGAGCUGGCAACCAACCUAAACGUUGGCACCUCAAGCAGUGCAGCGAGCUCCCUGAAAAAGCAGUAUAUUCAGUACCUGUUUGCCUUCGAGUGCAAGAUCGAACGCGGGGAGGAGCCCCCGCCGGAAGUCUUCAGCACCGGGGACACCAAAAAGCAGCCCAAGCUCCAGCCGCCAUCUCCUGCUAACUCGGGAUCCUUGCAAGGCCCACAGACCCCCCAGUCAACUGGCAGCAAUUCCAUGGCAGAGGUUCCAGGUGACCUGAAGCCACCUACCCCAGCCUCCACCCCUCACGGACAGAUGACCCCAAUGCAAGGUGGAAGAAGCAGUACAAUCAGUGUGCACGACCCAUUCUCAGACGUGAGCGAUUCAUCCUUCCCGAAACGGAACUCCAUGACUCCAAACGCCCCCUACCAGCAGGGCAUGAGCAUGCCCGACGUGAUGGGCAGGAUGCCCUAUGAGCCCAACAAGGACCCCUUUGGGGGAAUGAGAAAAGUGCCUGGAAGCAGCGAGCCCUUUAUGACGCAAGGACAGAUGCCCAACAGCAGCAUGCAGGACAUGUACAACCAAAGCCCCUCCGGAGCAAUGUCUAACCUGGGCAUGGGGCAGCGCCAGCAGUUUCCCUAUGGAGCCAGUUACGACCGAAGGCAUGAACCUUAUGGGCAGCAGUAUCCAGGCCAAGGCCCUCCCUCGGGACAGCCGCCAUAUGGAGGGCACCAGCCCGGCCUGUACCCACAGCAGCCGAAUUACAAACGCCAUAUGGACGGCAUGUACGGGCCCCCAGCCAAGCGCCACGAGGGCGACAUGUACAACAUGCAGUACAGCAGCCAGCAGCAGGAGAUGUACAACCAGUACGGAGGCUCCUACUCGGGCCCGGACCGCAGGCCCAUCCAGGGCCAGUACCCGUAUCCCUACAGCAGGGAGAGGAUGCAGGCCCCGGGGCAGAUCCAGACGCACGGAAUCCCGCCUCAGAUGAUGGGCGGCCCGCUGCAGUCGUCCUCCAGUGAGGGGCCUCAGCAGAAUAUGUGGGCAGCACGCAAUGAUAUGCCUUAUCCCUACCAGAACAGGCAGGGCCCUGGCGGCCCUACACAGGCGCCCCCUUACCCAGGCAUGAACCGCACGGACGAUAUGAUGGUACCCGAUCAGAGGAUAAAUCAUGAGAGCCAGUGGCCUUCCCACGUCAGCCAGCGUCAGCCUUACAUGUCGUCCUCAGCCUCCAUGCAGCCCAUCACGCGCCCACCACAGCCGUCCUACCAGACGCCACCGUCACUGCCAAAUCACAUCUCCAGGGCGCCCAGCCCAGCGUCCUUCCAGCGCUCCCUGGAGAACCGCAUGUCUCCAAGCAAGUCUCCCUUUCUGCCAUCUAUGAAGAUGCAGAAGGUCAUGCCCACGGUCCCCACAUCCCAGGUCACCGGGCCACCACCCCAACCACCCCCAAUCAGAAGGGAGAUCACCUUUCCUCCUGGCUCAGUAGAAGCAUCACAACCAGUCUUGAAACAAAGGCGAAAGAUUACCUCCAAAGAUAUCGUUACUCCUGAGGCGUGGCGUGUGAUGAUGUCCCUUAAAUCAGGUCUUUUGGCUGAGAGUACGUGGGCUUUGGACACUAUUAAUAUUCUUCUGUAUGAUGACAGCACUGUUGCUACUUUCAAUCUCUCCCAGUUGUCUGGAUUUCUCGAACUUUUAGUCGAGUACUUUAGAAAAUGCCUGAUUGACAUUUUUGGAAUUCUUAUGGAAUAUGAAGUGGGAGACCCCAGCCAAAAAGCACUUGAUCACAACGCAGCAAGGAAGGAUGACAGCCAGUCCUUGGCGGACGAUUCUGGGAAAGAGGAGGAAGAUGCUGAAGGUAUUGAUGACGACGAGGAAGACGAGGACGACGAGGAGGAAGACAGCGAGAAGACAGAAAGCGAUGAAAAGAGCAGCAUCGCUCUGACUGCCCCGGACGCCGUUUCAGACCCAAAGGAGAAGCCCAAGCAAGCCAGUAAGUUCGACAAGCUGCCAAUAAAGAUAGUCAAAAAGAACAACCUGUUUGUUGUUGACCGAUCUGACAAGUUGGGGCGUGUGCAGGAGUUCAAUAGUGGCCUUCUGCACUGGCAGCUCGGCGGGGGCGACACCACUGAGCACAUUCAGACUCACUUUGAGAGCAAGAUGGAAAUUCCUCCUCGCAGGCGCCCACCUCCCCCCUUAAGCUCCGCAGGUAGAAAGAAAGAGCAAGAAGGCAAAGGCGACUCUGAAGAGCAGCAAGAGAAAAGCAUCAUAGCAACCAUUGAUGACGUCCUCUCUGCUCGGCCAGGGGCACUGCCCGAAGACGCAAACCCUGGGCCCCAGACCGAAAGCAGUAAGUUUCCCUUUGGUAUCCAGCAAGCCAAAAGCCACCGGAACAUCAAGCUGCUGGAGGACGAGCCCAGGAGCCGAGAUGAGACUCCUCUGUGCACCAUCGCACACUGGCAGGACUCGCUGGCUAAGCGAUGCAUCUGUGUGUCCAAUAUCGUCCGUAGCUUGUCAUUCGUGCCUGGCAAUGAUGCCGAAAUGUCCAAACAUCCAGGCUUGGUGCUGAUCCUGGGGAAGCUGAUUCUUCUUCACCACGAGCAUCCAGAGAGAAAGCGAGCACCGCAGACCUAUGAGAAAGAGGAGGAUGAGGACAAGGGGGUAGCCUGCAGCAAAGAUGAGUGGUGGUGGGACUGCCUCGAGGUCUUGAGGGAUAACACGUUGGUCACGUUGGCCAACAUUUCCGGGCAGCUAGACUUGUCUGCUUACACGGAAAGCAUCUGCUUGCCAAUUUUGGAUGGCUUGCUGCACUGGAUGGUGUGCCCGUCUGCAGAGGCACAAGAUCCCUUUCCAACUGUGGGACCCAACUCGGUCCUGUCGCCUCAGAGACUUGUGCUGGAGACCCUCUGUAAACUCAGUAUCCAGGACAAUAAUGUGGACCUGAUCUUGGCCACUCCUCCAUUUAGUCGUCAGGAGAAAUUCUAUGCUACAUUAGUUAGGUACGUUGGGGAUCGCAAAAACCCAGUCUGUCGAGAAAUGUCCAUGGCGCUUUUAUCGAACCUUGCCCAAGGGGACACACUAGCAGCAAGGGCCAUAGCUGUGCAGAAAGGAAGCAUUGGAAACUUGAUAAGCUUCCUAGAGGAUGGGGUCACGAUGGCCCAGUACCAGCAGAGCCAGCACAACCUCAUGCACAUGCAGCCCCCGCCCCUGGAACCACCUAGCGUAGACAUGAUGUGCAGGGCGGCCAAGGCUUUGCUAGCCAUGGCCAGAGUGGACGAAAACCGCUCGGAAUUCCUUUUGCACGAGGGCCGGUUGCUGGAUAUCUCAAUAUCAGCUGUCCUGAACUCUCUGGUUGCAUCUGUCAUCUGUGAUGUACUGUUUCAGAUUGGGCAGUUAUGACAUAAGUGAGAAGGCAAGCAUGUGUGAGUGAAGAUUAGAGGGUCACAUAUAACUGGCUGUUUUCUGUUCUUGUUUAUCCAGCGUAGGAAGAAGGAAAAGAAAAUCUUUGCUCCUCUGCCCCAUUCACUAUUUACCAAUUGGGAAUUAAAGAAAUAAUUAAUUUGAACAGUUAUGAAAUUAAUAUUUGCUGUCUGUGUGUAUAAGUACAUCCUUUGGGGUUUUUUUUUUUCUUUUUUUUAACCAAAGUUGCUGUCUAGUGCAUUCAAAGGUCACUUUUUGUUUUUCACAGAUCUUUUUAAUGUUCUUUUCCAUGUUGUAUUGCAUUUUUUGGGGGAAGCAAAUUGACUUUAAAGAAAAAAGUUGUGGCAAAAGAUGCUAAGAUGCGAAAAUUUCACCACACUGAGUCAAAAAGGUGAAAAAUUAUCCAUUUCCUAUGCGUUUUACUCCUCAGAGAAUGAAAAAAACUGCAUCCCAUCACCCAAAGUUCUGUGCAAUAGAAAUUUCUACAGAUACAGGUAUAGGGGCUCAAGGAGGUAUGUCAGUCAGUAGUCAAAACUAUGAAAUGAUACUGGUUUCUCCACAGGAAGAUGGUUCCAUUAGGCUGGGAGCAAAAACAAUGUUUUUUAAGAUUGAAAAUACAUACCUGACAACGAUCCGGAAACUGCUCCUCACCACUCCCGUCAUGCCUGCUGUCGGCGUUUGACCUUCCACAUGACAGUUCUUCACAAUUCCUUUAAUCAUUUUUUAAAUAUUUUUUUUACUGCCUAUGGGCUGUGAUGUAUAUAGAAGUUGUACAUUAAACAUACCCUCAUUUUUUUCUUUUUUCUUUUUUUUUUUUUUAGUACAAACUUUUAGUUUCUUUUUCAUGAUGUGGUAACUACGAAGUGAUGGUAGAUUUAAAUAAUUUUUUAUUUUUAUUUUAUAUAUUUUUUCAUUAGGGCCAUAUCUCCAAAAAAAGAAAGAAAAAAUACAAAAAACAAAAACAAAAAAAAAAAGAGGGUAAUGUACAAGUUUCUGUAUGUAUAAAGUCAUGCUCGAUUUCAGGAGAGCAGCUGAUCACAAUUUGCUUCAUGAAUCAAGGUGUGGAAAUGGUUGUAUAUGGAUUGAUUUAGAAAAUGGUUACCAGUACAGACAAAAAAGAGAAAAUGAAAAAAAUACAACUAAAAGGAAGAAACACAGCUUCAAAGAUUUUUCAGUGACGAGAAUCCACAUUUGUAUUUCAAGAUAAUGUAGUUUAAAAAAAAAAAAAGAAAAAAACUUGAUGUAAAUUCCUCCUUUUCCUCUGGCUUAAUGAAUAUCAUUUAUUCAGUAUAAAAUCUUUAUAUGUUCCACAUGUUAAGAAUAAAUGUACAUUAAAUCUUGUUAAGCACUGUGUUCUUGAAUACUGUUCUAGUUUCCUUAAAGUGGUUUCCUAGUAAUCAAGUUAUUUACAAGAAAUAGGGGAAUGCAGCAGUGUAUUCACAUUAUAAAACCCUACAUUCGGAAGAGACCUUUAGGGGUUACCUACUUUAGAGUGGGGAGCAACAGUUUGAUUUUCUCAAAUUACUUAGCUAAUUAGUCUUUCUUUGAAGCAAUUCACUCUAACGACAUUGAGGUAUGAUCAUUUUCAGUAUUUAUGGGAGGUGGCUGCCGACCCACUUGAGGUGAGAUCUCAGAAGCUUAACUGGCCUGAAAAUGUAACAUUCUGCCUUUUACUAACUCCAUCUUAGUUUAAUCAAAGUUCAGUCUAUUCCUUGUUUCUUCUGUGUGCCUCAAAGUUAUUUUGCAUUUAGUUUACUCCACCGUGUAUAAUAUUUAUACUGUGCAGUGUUAAAAAAGAAUCUGUUAUAUUGUAUGUGGUGUACAUAGUGCGAAGUGAUUAUUCUAUUUCAGGGCAUAUUAUGGUUCUCAUAUUCCUUCCUACCUGGUGCACAGUAGCUUUUUAAUACUAGUCACUUCUACUUUAAACUUUCUCUUCCUGGGUCAUUGACUGUUACUGUGUAAUAAUCAAUUUCUUUGAAACUGCUGCAUAAUUAUGCUGUUAGUGGACCUCUACCUCUUCUGAUCCCUCUUCCAAUCACAGUAUACUCAGAAUCCCCAGCCCCUCGCAUACAUUGUGUUGGUUCACAUUACUCACAGUAAUAUAUGGAAGAGUUAGACAAGAACAUGCAGUUACAGUCAUUGUGAGGCGUGACUCUCCAGUGUCACGAGGAAAAAAUUCAUCUUUUCUGCAAGCAGUCUCUCAUCUGUCAACUCCCACAUUACUGAGUCAAACAGUCUUCUUACAUAACAAUGCAACCAAAUAUAUGUUGAAUUAAAGACCCAUUUAUAAUUCUACUUUAAAUACAUCUGCUUGCUAAGAACAGAUUUCAGUGCUCCGAGCUUCAAAUAUGGAGAUUUGUAAGAGGGAAUUCAAUAUUAUUCUAAUUUCUCUCUUACAGAGUACAAAUACAAGGUGUAUACAAACUCCGAACAUAUCCAGUAUUCCAAUUCCUUUGUCAAUCAGAAGAGUAAAAUAAUUAACAAAAGACUGUUGUUGUGGUUUGCAUUGUAACCGAUAACGCAGAGUCUGACCGUUGGGCAACAAGUUUUUCUAUCCUGAUGCGCAACACAGUCUCUAGAGACUAAUCCAGGAAGACUUUAGCCUCCUUUCCAUAUUCUCACCCCUGAAUCAAGAUUUACAGAAGCCCACGAAGAAUUUACAGCCUGCUUGAGAUCAUCUUGCCUAUAAACUGAGUUAUUGCUUUGUCCUAAAAAUUAGUCGUUUUUUUUUCUAUGAGGCUUUUCAGAAAUUUACAGGAUGCCCAGACUUUAAAUGUGUACCAAAAAAAAAAAAAAAAGAUAAAAAAUAAA